GUUCCUCAAUAUUGGUGAGAGUGGCAGCAAGUUAAAAUUUUGACCACCCUUCCCUUCGGCCUCAGCUCAUGGUCUAUUUAAAAGUGCAUUAACAAACACCAACUUUAUAUAAUAACAAUAACUAAACAAAAAAUAAAAUAUAAUUUGGAUCAUACAGCCUCAAAAGAAGUGUCGAAUUACAAAUUGCAGAUUGCAUCUUAUGCAGGUAAACAGGCGCUAUGUGUAAAGUGCACGAGCAUUGAAUGUAUAUGUAGAAGGAAAAAGAGAUAGAACGAGGGAAAUGUUUUUCUCAUAUAUUUAGCUCACCAAGGGAAGUUAGGUAUACUAAAAGCCAAAAUUCUAUCGCUAUAACUCCGUUUAUACAUUUGUGUGUAUUGACGAAGACAGUAUGAUGAUUUCUUCUUAAUUAUGAAUCAAGCUGCUUGACUUGGACUGUCGGACGCUUCGACAUCAAAGCAAGCAACUGAAAUAGAAGAGCAAAGAAUCGUAACAUUCCCUUGUUUGCUCAAUAACAGCUGUGAUUCAAGGAUAAAUCAGAAUGGUUGUUGGAGUUUUUCCAGUUGUCAAAUUGGGGGUGCUUUUCAUCAAGCAAAUCAGCAAACCACUUGCUCAAGUAAUAGUCAAUCAAGCCAAAAACCAUCCAGUUUUUCGAAGGUACUUCAUCAUACCCCCUGCCCAGUUUUACCAUUGGGCAGAAGUCAAGGCAAAAAUGUAUAUUAUGAAUUUGGGAAAACCAACAAAAGUUGCUAAGCUCAAUGAACAAAUGGCUAUUGAACUUGGUGCCAGUCUAAUGGGUGAAGUUAUCAUAUUUAGUUUAGCCGGAGGAUGCAUAGUGCUAGAGUACAAUCGGCAAGUGGCCAAAGAAGCCAAAAAAGAAGAAUUGAGGAAGAUGCAGUUGCAAAAAUUCACAGAUGACAUACAAGUGCUGUAUGAAACAACUAAUAAGCAAGAGGCUCAAAUAAAAUACCUGAAAAGUUCUCUAGAAGAGGUAGCAAAGAAAACAAAAACCAAACUUCCUGAAAUAAAGGAAGAACCUAGUGAUAAGUCUAAUAAAGAAGAAAAAAGUAAAGUGUAAUUAAUUUAGCUCUUAUGUUCUGUGAGACUAAUGCUAAGAAAGACACAAAGACAUAAGUUUACUUGGAGACUUUAAAGGCAAGUGACUUCUGAUGAAAGAAGAUGGUUCUUUUGAAUUUGAUAACUGGAACGAUUACUUGUUGUAAAAAAAAUGUAAAUUUUUUUUUAAUAAGAACAAUGUAUUCUACAAUAAUUGUAUCACUGCGUUCAUUUGUACAUAAAUCUAUUUUUAUUCAUACAGUGUUGAAUAAUCUGAACGCCAGUGAUGCUAUGCUUAUAAACUUGAUGUAUAUACAGAAAAGAAAUUAAAAAUAUAAUCAGAUUUGAUAAAAUAACUUUUUAUUCAUGAUUCCACUUUAGUAAGUUAUAUUACUAGUCAAAAAAAAAACCAUGUAUCAUAUUUAUGUGCACAAUGAAAUGCGUUCAUGUGUUUAUUUUGACAUAUAUGUAUUAUUUUAUAAAUGUCACUUGCCUUUUGAAGAGCUUAAACCAAUGAUAAACUUUUUCAAUUUGUACUCCCUAAAUUAUAGAAGUUUUUACUUGCCGGUGAGUCAAAACGUCUGAAAAGCAUACCCUUUUUUUAAAAAAAUAGUUAAAUUUUAGAAAAAUGAGACUUUUGUUUCAUUUGUCGAUCAUUUACAUGACUAUUUAGAUCUAAUAAAAUAGUCAAAAAAUUUAACUGUAGAGAAGUGAA